AGAAAUCAUCGUUGAAAUUUUUAUGUCUGUAAAUUUAAAUGUUGUAAUUGUAGUUACCUAGGAAAUGAAUUGCUUCUAGUACUAUUGACAUAAUUGACAGUUGACAGUAACAAAUAUUUUAAGAAAUAGUUUAUUAUUAAAUUAGAUGCUUUUUGAUGCAAAUUUCGAAAUUUUUACAUUCUACCAUUCAAUUAAAAAUAAUGAUAACGUAAAAUUAAACUGUUUUAUCGCAUAAGCUCCAUCAAGCGGUUUAAUUUUGUUAAAAGCUCUGUUGAUAUACCAGUGUUUAUAAAACGGUGCAUUCAAGAAUGUUUAUUUUAUCAAUAAUGUAGUUGAUACGACCACCUACGGAGAAUUUUAUACAAAAUAGUAAUGUCAAGAAGUAAUAAAAGCUGGAAAGCGUGGAAAAAUAUAGUAUGGAAAAUGAUGACCCCAUGUUAACCAAAAGCCAAAGGCUUGUUUUGGGAUUUUUAGUUUUGAUUUUAGUUGAUGUUAUUUGGGUUUCAUCUUCAGAGCUUACUAAGUACAUCUACAACAAUGAAACAUUUGAUAAACCAUUUUUUUGUACAUACGUUAAAACAUCAAUGUUCACUCUGUACUUAAUGGGUUUCCUCUUCUGGCCCACUUGGAAAGACAGUUGUUCCAAUCCUCCUAAUUAUGUUUACUUGCAAUCCGAAGAAGAUGAUGAUAAUUACAUCAAUGAUGUGAGCUGUGGAAGCAGCCUUAGUAAUCCUGUCUUUAUUCCUGUUAAAACACCAGAUAAGGAAAAUUGGGAGAGAAGCUCUGGAACAGAAAGUGAUGACUCCACAGUUCGUUCGGUAAGAUUCAAUAAGUUAGCUGAAGUAAGGCACAUGUCAGAAAAUGAUGCAACAGAAGCUUUACUUGCUAGGCUUUCAUAUCAAGCUAGUAUGAGAGCUAGCGAAAUAGCUAAAAGGGCAGCAAUUCGUUUGCCUGUAGUGAGGGUAGCUAAGAUUGCUCUCAUUUUUUGUUUAUUGUGGUUUGUAGCCAACUACACAUACCAAGUAGCCCUAUCAGAAACAGAAGCUGGUAUUGUGAAUGUUUUGUCAUCCACUUCUAGCUUGUUCACACUAGUUCUUGCCUCAAUUUUUCCAUCAAACAAAAGCGAUAAGUUCACGCUAUCCAAACUUGUUGCAGUUUGCCUCAGUAUUAUUGGAAUAGUAUUAGUAAGCUUCUCAGACCUUGCACUCGAAUCUGCCAAGCUGCCAUUCGGAGCAGUUUUAUCACUAUUUAGUGCAUUUUUCUAUGCUACUUACAUUGUGUUUCUCAAAAGAAAAGUGGAUCAUGAAGAUAAAAUAGGCAUUCCACUAUUUUUCGGCUUUGUGGGUUUGUUCAACCUCAUUCUGCUAUGGCCGUUUUUUUUCGUUUUACAUUUCAGUAAACUGGAAACGUUUGAAUGGCCUACAAGGGAGCAGUUGCUACUGUUAUUCUUGAAUGGGUUAUUAGGAACAGUUAUAUCGGAAGCACUCUGGUUAUGGGGCUGCUUUUUAACGUCUUCUCUAAUGGCAACUGUUGCCAUGAGUCUGACAAUACCUAUGACAAUGUUGGCAGAUGUACUUUUAAAAGAAGUACCAUACCCAAUACUCUUUUAUACGGGCACGUUACCUGUCCUUGUCGCCUUUCUAGCUGUUACCAUUCUUUCUCAUUAUGAGAAUUGGGACCCCGUAUUUGAAUUACUACAAUGUGCCUAUCAACGUAUAUGCAAAAGGAGUAUAAUAAUUCGUUCCAGAUUCAAGGAAACUCCUUCUGAACAAACGGAAGCUCUAAUAGGCAUUAAUAGUGAACAUGAAGCAUAAGAAAAUACAAAAAAUUGUCAACAACAUUUCUAAUGAAAUUUAGAGUCGAUGAUAGAACACUUUCAUUGCUUGUUUCAAAAUAAUAUAUAUUAUUUAUAUCUUAAUAAUUUCAUCUUCGCACUCUAAUUUCCCUCUGUGAUUUUAUUUUACUUUCUCGGAUAAUUACAUAUGAGUACCACAGGGGAAGAAUGAUUUGUUUACAAAAUAGCUGGUAUUCUAGGUAAAGAAAGGGAGUAGACACUAGCGAUCUUAUUCAUUUCUUCUACACAAAUCAAAUUUAAAUCUUGCUAUACUGAUCGAAUUAAUUGGGAUAAUUGAAAAUGACCAAUUUUUUUUCCAAAACCUUAGCUUUUAUCAAUUAUUUACUGUAAUCAUAUUUAAAAAUCUAUAUAUUAGUAUAAAAUAUGUCCCCCCUUUGGCAGAAAUGACUUCAACGUGUAUUUGAAUUGACUCCACUAGUUUAACGCACAAAUUCUUAACUUCAUUAUCACAUUUGUUAUCAUUCUCUCUUUUUCAUUGGAAUCAAUCAUAACUAAACGUUUCUUGAGAAUUUGUUAUAAUGUCUCAAUUUGAUAUAUGUGGAUCCAUCAAACACUCAUUUAUUUUCUGGAUUAAAGUCUGGAAUAAAAAGUGGUCUCAUUUGAAAACAUUCUGUGAAAUGUAUAUAUAAUAUAAUAUUGUGAAACCUAAAACAUGUGUAGAAGGAUGUUAAUAUACGUUUUCCUCGGAGAGGUUCACCUUUACAUGAUUAAUAUCCUUGUACAAAUAAAUGUGUUAUAUUUCUGCAAAUCAACAUUUCAGAGGCGUCAACAGUCUAUGGUGGCAUUUUUGUGGACCAUACCAAGCAUUUGUCAACAUUUUUUGAGUUAUAAAUUGUUUUUUUUUUUGUUUUCUUCCCAGUUUCCAAAAGUGUUAUCCUUACAGUUGACAGUCAACACCACAAUCCUGCAAAUCUAUUCAAAGGUCUAUGCUUGUCUUUCUUGGAUUUAGUUUGUUACAUUUUCUUACACUAACUGUGUCAUAUUUGUAUAUGUGGAUUCAUUAAAAGCAAUUAUUUUUAGGUCAUAAUAUUAUUACUAUUGACUGUUGCACAGAUUCCAUCACAACUGAACUAAAGACACUAUAAAACGAGUUUUCAAUAUGCAUGGUCACUUCUGCACACUGCCUUUAAAUAGAUAUGACCAGUUUGAGGAUCCGAGACAAUACCAGCAAUCCCAACCUAACACAGAUAAGAAAAACAUGUUUUUCCCAAUGAAUUCGAACAGUAUAGAAAUUCUCUUGUGAUAGGAACAAAGACCAUCCUUCCCUUGUUCGUUUUCUAUAUAACAUCACUGCAUUUUUUGCUAUAUUCACUUAGUACAAAUAAUUUUUGUAAUGAAAGUACUCGAUCAUAUUCUUGUUUUCACAAUACUACUAAUAAAUUACCAACAAUGGUGCUUUAAAAAAAGAACAAACAAAUACAUGUGAUCGUCUAUAUUAUUUUUGUUAUAAAAUUUAAAAAUUCUAAUAUUAGAAUCGUAUAUAUAUAUAAUAUUAUGUUCCAAGUGUCGAACCUAUUUGAUUUUAUUAUGUGCCCCUCUCCUGUUUUAAUGUUUUAAUCUGAGUUAUUAGAUAAUAUUCCACUUGAAACAUUCCAACUUUUUGUCAUUUAUUAAAAAUAAAAUGUGAUUUAACGAAGUAUCAUUUGUAUUUAUUGUAAAUGUCAGGAUAUCUCAAAAAAAAACUAUAAUGAUUAUAUA